UCACGCAUGCGCACACAUCCAACCUGGGGACAUGCGUUUUCAAGCACGAAAGCAUUUUUCUAGCUACUCUAUAUAGCUAGUUAAAAUAAUAUUUCUGUCAGCUCAUGUUUUUCACGUAAAUUUCAACAGUUACCCUUUACGGUUUUGAUUGUCUCCGGGGACAGAGUCGGAAUAAUCUCAACAGAAACACGUGAGAAAGUAACGUUUGAUUGUUAGCUAGCUCCUGUUAGCUAGUUCAGGACAGCAUGGGGCCCGUAAUAGAACUCAUUGCUGGAAGUUACGAGCAGAUCGCCUUUGGUUACCGGGUGUCCACGGGAGAAGAGGAGUGGACAGCCACGGCAGACUUCACCCACCACGCCCACACUGCCUCAGUGUCUGCGGUGGCCACCAGCGAGAGGUACAUCGCUACAGGAAGCAGAGACGAGACCAUCCAGAUCUACGACAUGAAGAAGAGGAUAGAACAUGGAGCUCUGCUGCAUCACGACGGUACCAUUUCCUGUCUGGAGUUCUAUGGCUCCUCCCACCUGCUGAGUGGAGGACAGGAUGGGCUGCUAUGUGUUUGGGGCACCAAGAAGUGGGAGUGUCUUAAAUCCAUCAGAGCACACAAGGGUCAUGUUACGUCACUGUCCGUCCAUCCCUCAGGGAAACUGGCCCUGACUGUCGGCACAGACAAGACACUCCGAACGUGGAAUCUAAUCGACGGAAGAUCAGCUUUCAUCAAAAACAUAAAACAGAAUGCGGUGAUAGUGAAGUGGUCUCCUGAGGGGGAUAAGUACGUGGUAGUGAUCAGCGACAAGGUGGACGUUUAUAACCUGGAAACAGCUACUCUGGCAUCAACCAUCAUCAACCCCAAGAGGAUCUCAUCCAUCAAGUUCCUCACUAAUUCCAUCCUGGCCAUAGCGGGGGACGACGAGACAGUCCGGCUGUGUGACAUCAACACUCAGAAGGUGCUAUGUGAGUUUGAGGCUCAUGAAACCAGGGUGAAAUCAGUGGACAGUUUCACCACGGAGGACUUCUGUGUUCUGGUGACUGCGUCAAACGAUGGCUUCAUCAAAAUGUGGAAACUUAACCUUGAGUCCUUGGAGCCUCCAGUCCUCCUGGGGAAGGUGAAUACCACAGCUCGGCUGACCUGUCUGGCCGUGUGGCAGCCCACCAACCUACAGGAGCCUCCCCCGGAGGUCAAAACAGAACCUACAACCUCUCAAGACACCAAGGAUGUUCUGGAGCUUGCAAAGAAGAAGAGGGUCAGGAUCUCAACUGUAGAAGUGGUCCUAGAGGAAGACGGUUCACCCAAGAAGAAGAAGAAGAAAGAUGGUGGGGGAAAAAAGCUGAAAACCUAAUAAAAAUAUAUUUUUAAUAGUA